AUGGGUGGAUCACUAUCCAAGCUUGUGUCAGGCUGGUUGUGGACAAAGAAGGAAAUCAGGAUUCUGAUAUUGGGACUUGAUAAUGCUGGCAAAACAACACUCCUUUAUCGGCUAAAGAUCGGCGAGGUCGUGACGACAAUACCUACAAUUGGAUUCAACGUCGAAUCUGUCACAUAUAAGAAUCUUAACUUUAAUGUUUGGGAUCUUGGAGGCCAAACAUCGAUACGGCCUUAUUGGCGAUGCUACUAUGCCAACACAGCGGCCGUGAUAUUCGUCAUUGACUCGACAGACAUCGAGAGACUGGGGACAGCAUCAGAUGAACUGGCCGCGAUGCUUAACGAGGAAGAACUGCGGGAGGCAGCGCUCCUCGUAUUUGCAAACAAGCAAGAUCAGCCUGGUGCCAAGGGUGCAGGCGAGAUAUCGGAGGCCCUGAAACUGGGAGAGCUACGAGAUCGAAAUUGGAGUAUAGUUGCAUGCUCUGCCAUCGACGGGAAGGGUAUCAAUGAGGGAAUGGACUGGCUGGUGCAAACGGUGCAAUCGGAAAACGCAUGA